CCGCCGUUUCCGUAGGGACGCCGUGGCAGCGCUGCACCGCGGGAGCCAAGAUGGCGGCGCACACGCUGAGGGCCCUGUGCCGGCCGUGGCUUGUCGCCGCCCGGUUCUCGCAGCGGGCCGGCGCCGGGACCGAGUACCGGAGCGCGUACAGCCUGGACAAGCUGUACCCGCCGCGGCAGGACGGCGACAGCACCGGCAUCACCCCGGAGGAGCAGCAGCCACCCACCCUCGACAUCCCCAUGAGUCGCCUGACUGUGACCUACUGCCGGAGCAGCGGCCCCGGUGGGCAGCACGUUAAUAAAGUGAACACCAAGGCAGAAGUUCGGUUCCACUUGGCAUCAGCAGACUGGAUUCCAGAAGCCGUGAGACAGAAAAUGGCAUUGAUGUACAGGAACAGGGUAAACCGAGCUGGUGAGCUGAUCGUGAGCUCUGAAGAGAGUCGCUACCAGAUGAAGAACCUGGCCAUUUGCUUAGAAAAGAUCCAAACCAUGGUCACAGAGGCUACGGAGCAGCCCAAGGUGGUGUCUAAGGAGACAACACAGAAACUCAUAGAGAGGGUGGAAAAAAUGAACCGUGAACGACUACGACAGAAAAAGAUACACUCAAACAUAAAGCAGAGCAGGAAGGCAGACUUUGACUGAGAGAACAGGGCUCCCAGCCCUCGGCAUACCAGCUUCAUAAAGAAACAGCGUUGGCAGCUGUAGAUGGUUCUGAACUCAUGAGCUGUGUUGAAUAAAACUGGUCUGAAAAUGUACAUAAA